AUGGAAACAUCCACAACGAAAUCUACAGAAAGAUGGAUCAUCUUCAAUCGACCGAAUUGUGCCUCGUGUGCUUCCGCUACCACCAAGCGGAAUUGCAAGCAAUUCAAGAGGAUGACACUGCGGCAGCGUCAGUAUGUGGUACGGGUACAUCGCUACUGCACCAACUGCUUUGCACGUACGCAUUUGGUAGGAGGGUGCAUUUCCACGGACGGCUGUCAAAUUUGUGGCGACUUGCACCAUACUAUGUUGCAUCCUCAAAGUGUGCGAGACAGGCUUUCUCAACCGCAAACCCAACAACAACAACCUCUGCGCCAACGGCGUCAACAACAACAACCUCUACGCCAACGGCUACAGCAACCUCAGCGUCAACGGCGCCAACAACAACAGAAGCCUCAGCGUCAACGACGCCAACCACAACAGCAGCAUGGUCAAUGA